GGACUUUCUCUCAACAUGGUUUCUGCUGCUUCCACCAUGCUGUCCGUAAAACCAACUGGAGCGUCUCUUCUUUUAUUGUAUUUUCUCCUUUACAUAGCUGAAUCGUAUGCCAACGUUGAGUCUUCAAGCGUGAGCUGCGAGGAAUGCAAGCUGAGAUUGAACAAGCAUUUUUCAAGGGACCGGCCCAUUUAUCAGUGUAUGGGCUGCUGCUUUUCCAGAGCGUACCCCACACCCCUCGGGUCCAUGAAGACCAUGAUGGUCCGAAAGAACAUCACCUCAGAGGCAACAUGCUGUGUUGCAAAGCACAGCUAUGAGACAAAUUUUGGCGACAUAAUGCUGAGAAACCACACAGAAUGCCACUGCAGCACCUGCCUUUUCCACAAGAUAUGAAUGACUUGACCGCACCCUGCAUCGCCCCGCUUGGCAGCGCCUCGGGCUUCUUUCAAA